AUGUCGAAGAUCACUGUCGCCGGAGUGCGCACCAACGUGCAGGAGCUCCUCAACUACUCCCUCAAUGAGAAGAAGCGCAACUUCCUCGAGACCGUCGAGCUCCAGAUCGGCCUCAAGAACUACGACCCCCAGCGUGACAAGCGUUUCUCUGGUACCGUCAAGCUCCCCAAGGUCCCCCGCCCCAACAUGGCCAUCUGGUACGAUCUGGAAAUCUGA